CUCGAAGAGAGCAGGGCGCCACUUACUCCCGGAGGGUUAAAAUAAUUUUUAGAAAAGUUUUCCCCUGUUUUCCAAUUUUUUGAGGAACCUAGAUACUGGGUUUAAAAGCUGCUAUACUUCUGCUCAAAGAUGAAGUAUAUUCUGGUUACCGGUGGCGUUAUUAGUGGGAUCGGAAAAGGUGUUAUCUCUAGCAGCAUCGGAGCUCUAUUAAAAGGAUGUGGACUGCACGUUACUUCAAUUAAAAUCGAUCCUUACCUGAACAUCGACGCUGGGACAUUCUCUCCUUACGAGCAUGGUAAAGUCCUUUUUUUUCGUACAUCUGUUGUCAAAUGAGCGGCUGAUAGCGCCCGUUACAUCUUUUACGCGCGAAGUGCAUGGUUCAAACGUGUCCCGCCAUUUUUAUUCGAGUUCGUUGGUACAUCAGCUUGGAAUUAGGAGAGAGUUUACAAGGUGUUUGUGGCAAGAGAAUUUUGAUGCUUUGUGAAAUCUAGUUUUGGCAGCAUUACGUAAAAAAAAAAAUUCCAAAAUGCAAUAUGCGUCGUAAGUUGUAGUCACAACUGCACAUGGUGAAUGAAUGACUUAUCAAUUGCUUUCAAGCAUACUGGUAACUGGAAAAUAUAAGGCUUAAAGUACGCACUUUCCAUUGCAAUUUUAAAUGCUUUCCUCGAAUAAAAAAGGAAUUUAAACAGGAAAGAAUUUAAGUGCUUUUAAAUCUUGUUGUUCAAUCAGAUUUCCUGUAGUUUGCUUCACGCGUGGCGAUUCUGUGGGUUCACGCAAUAUUCGAAUCAAGGCUUAAAAGCAGAUAAUUUUUCUCAAAAUGUAGAUUAUGAGACAUUGAAUAACACAUUACUUUAUUUCCAUCUUAAAAUUUAUAUGAUACCAUUGUCCUAGGCCAAAUCUGUUAUACAAGAUCUGAUUAUCACUGUAUUUCCUGGUAUCUAAAAUGGUCUACAUUUUAUACAUGUUCAUGGAUAUGGUUGGACAGAGAAACUGGUGUCGGAUUUCAUAAAGUUAAGGCUUUUUUCUAACCUUUUCUCAAAAAUUGAUCAGAAAAGAAACAAAUUCCUCCUUGUGGUUUGACAUCUGUUUGGCUUUUCUUUUGAUGAGCUGGUAAACUUAAAAUAUACAGACAAGUUUGUUGUUGUGCAAUAUUUGUUGAUGUUCAAUUGCAUGCUUCAGUUGCAUGUUGUUGUUAACAGUUGAAAAGGGCCAGAGAAAACUUCAGUGAUAACAAAUCAUAAUUUUUAAAAAUUAUUUUGUCGUGUAACAGUUGCAUGUAAUUAACUCAAUAUUUUAAACUUUCAUCAUUACAGGGGAAGUGUUUGUUUUGGAUGAUGGAGGUGAAGUAGAUUUAGACCUUGGGAACUAUGAAAGGUUCCUUGAUGUAACUCUUCACCGGAGCAACAACAUAACAACUGGUAAAAUUUAUCAGAGUGUGAUUGAUAAAGAGAGACGAGGGGAUUACCUGGGUAAAACUGUUCAAGGUGAGUUAAUUUUUAGUAAUUCUUACUUUUAGCGUGCAUCACUAAAGCAUUGUUUUUAUUAUUUAUUAUUAUAAUUAUUAUUGUUGUUGUUGUUAUUAUCAUCAUUAUUUUUAUCAUUGAUAUUAUCAUUUCAUAUAUUUUUUUGAUUUUUUGCAACUUUUUUGCAAUUAUCUCAGAAAGAUAACUAUAUAAACCAUAUAUCUCAAGGGGACAUGCCUUUCAUAGCCCCUAAGUCCAAUUUACACAUUUGACUUCUGCUUCCAGCUACCAAGGCUCUUAUGCAGAGACAAACCACCACAAAGAAAAAAAUUUUUGUAUCUGUGUGGUAUACACCAAUGGUAACAUUUAUUCACUAUGGUGAAUAGUGAUUGAUAGUUACCUUGCCACUUCAUAGUUCAGUAAAUAUCCACCACUAUUCACCUCCACUUUGGUGAAUAAUUGUUAAUUAUUGUAUAAUGAUAUGUAUUCAUUGAAAUUAGAAUCAGAUUUUUUUAUUCCAAAAUAAAUAUGGUUUUACUCAUAUAUAUGUGGUGUAAUUGAUACUAUAAAGUGAUGGAUCUAUGUUAUCCGAUAUUUGUUCUUUUGUAAUCUACAGUGGUUCCUCAUAUCACUGAUGCUAUUCAAGACUGGGUAACAAAGGUGUCCGCUGAACCUGUUGAGAAGGAUAUCAAGGCUGAUGUUUGUCUCAUUGAGGUAUAGUAAUAUACUAAUAACAACUUAUAUUUAGGGCAAUUUCCAACUGAUUGUCUAAAGUAAUCAGUGAUUGCUUUGGUUAACCUCAACUUUGUUCUGUGAUUGGUUCUGAAAUUUGCACCAUCAUCUCAACCAAUUAAUUAAACAAUUGCAACUUAGUCAUAUGCAAAAACAAGCAAUUUUCUUGUUUUUUUUUUUUGUAUGUUUUUUUUGACACUAUGUUGAAAAAUGGUCCAAUAGUAAAUUAUUGUUCUCAGAGAAACAAUGGAUCACUGCUUAGAUUUAGUGUGAGAGUGCAAAAUUGAGACUUAGUAGAGGUCAAUAUUCCAUUGCCAUGGAUUUGUUCUGAUGUAGUUUCAUGUACCUAUGCCUACGAUCAGGUUCGAAGGUUCUUGUAUCAACAUCCCUUGACUAAAAUUGGCUUAAAAGAAGAACAGAAUCCAAAAAAAAACUUGGAAAAAUUCUCAGGAGCAAAGCCAGCCCAAACAGAGGCCCUAGAUUUUUAAAAUGUUUCAAAAUUCAGUGAGGGGACCCAUUUACUCCUCUGAACAAUUCUUCUUGGAGUUUUAUUCUGUCAAAGCAUGUUACCUCUGCUGGAGACAAAGCACUGUGUUUUGAUAGUAAGUGGACCUUGGAGUUCGAUAUGUAUUUUUCUACAAUUUCUUCAGGAAACAGGUUCAAUUAGUCUGAAGUUUUGACAUGUGGUUGUACAUUUAUCUCUGUUGUCUCUACUUGAAAUGUGCAUUACAAUGUUAGCGAUGUUGUUCCUAGACAGAAUUUGAGGUUAGAGUUUGAAGGCUGAAGUUCAUUGUAUACAUAUACAUAUACAUAUAUAUAUAUGAAUGUGUGACAGUUAAUUGCUGUUUUAAUCUUACAAAAAUAUAAGAUGCUUGAAUGUAUAAUGAAUGCAAGCAUUAGGUAAUAAUAGAUUUUUUCUGUUGUAUUUUUUAUCAGCUUGGAGGGACAAUUGGUGACAUCGAGGGUAUGCCUUAUAUUGAAGCUUUCCGUCAGUUCCAGUUUAGAGUUGGAAGAGACAAUUUUUGUGUGGUCCAUGUCAGUUUGGUGCCUGAGGUAUACUGUACUUCAUAGGAAUCUGUGCACAUAUCUAGUCCCCUUUCUUGUACACCAAGGGUUUUCAUAACAGAGAGUUGAUGGUACCAAAGAUAGAUGUAACUUAAGUUGUUAAAUGACUUGUAACGAAUUGCCUAGGAAAACAGAAAGCAACAAUUUCAAAUUUCAAAUGAAGCAUAAACAUACUAUUUCUUUCCUUUAAGUUAAUAAAGGCUGUAUUAAAUUUGUAUUCCUCAGCCUGAUUCUACAGGUGAGCAGAAGACAAAGCCUACACAAAACAGUGUGCGGGAACUGCGUGGUUUAGGCCUGAGUCCUGAUCUGGUAAGUUACUGGUCUCUUAACCUUUUGACCCCUAGAAGUUAUUAACAUGUGACUUUUUCCUAUAAUAUCCAUAUGUUAUCCUCAAACUUGUCAAGUAGAAGUUUUUAACUUGAUUUAACACCAAAUUCUUGUAGGAAUUGUGUAGCAGCCAGAGAGGAGAAUUAAGAAUCACAUACUGGGAGUUAAAGGGUUAACUUGUGUCAAAACUUAGAUAAAUUUUCCAUACCUAAGGUAUUAUGAUCUGCUUUGUGGUUUAGGUGGGUGGGUCAUAUCUGCUGGUAUAAUGUUAUUCUCGUUACUCUGAACCAGUGCAAGCCUGCUCACUGAAAACCAAAAGUUUGAAACUGUAACAACACUUUUAUUGUUGACCAAUAAUGUUACUAUGUUUGUGGCAUGUUUACGAUGAUUAUUAUAUUACAUCUUUCUAUAGAAGACCAUCUCCUCUACUCUGUCUUUGCAAAAGGGAAAGGCAGAUUUUUCAUUUGUAUGUACAGUGCACAAGAUAAAUUUGAAACUUUUCUUUUAAAUAACUUUGUAGAUUAUGUGUAGAUGCAAGAAUACAGUGACAAACUCUGUCAAGCAGAAGGUGUCUUUGUUCUGCCAUGUCCCUCCAGAGCAGGUGAGAAUUUUUCAUAAAAUCUUAGGGAUUCCUUUCCUCUCUUUUUAAACAAACAGGAAAUUUUAAAUUUUAGUUGUUUUUUUCAGGUGAUAGAUGUCCACGACUGCAAAUCCAUUUACAGCGUUCCCGUGUUGUUAUCGAACCAAGGAAUUGUUUCAUUUUUUUCCAAAAGGCUUCAAUUGGAAAUCAAGUCGCGUAAACCAAGACAUUUUAUGAUGCAAUGGAGAGAAUUAGCAGAGAGGUAAGUGAGUGGGACUGUCUCUUAGUGCAAAGUGCUACAUAUAGCAGUGACCAAAAAAAAACCCUUGUUGAUAUUUUUUGAAGAAUAAUGAUGAUAGUCAUAAACUCAUCAAUUAAAUUUAAUUGGUGUCAACAUGGCAUGUGUUUUUGUGUUGGAUGGGCCUGGUAAGGGGAAAACUGCAGUUUUGUACUCAUGGGUACAAACUACAUAGGGUGUAAUGAGUCAGUUAUUUAUCUUGCUGAAGGUCAUGUUGUCGUUUGGAACUCCUCCUGGUAGGGAUGGUACUGAUGAACUUUUAGGGAGACUCUAGCUAACUCACAUCCCUUUCUCCUUCUGUUGGUUUCCCUGUUAGUUCACUGUUCCUCAUUUUACUACUACUUAAUGGAGAGAUGCUCUCUCAAUGUAGAAUUUUUUUCUCAUGGACAUGUGGAAAAUAACUGGUGAGUUUUCAAACUUAACCCUGUAAACCAGAGUCCCAGGCCAUUGUAUUGCAAUCUGUGGUGAAAGACUAAGUAACCCAUGUGUUAGUUGGUAGUGACGUCAUCAGUUCAUGAGGGGUUCAGACAUAUUUAAUCAUGUUGAUACAGCAGGUAAUUAUUCAUCAGCAUAGAUUUUGGUAAUUCUCUUUCUCUCUCUUGUUAUCAGAGACGAGCGACUCCUGGAUGAAGUUAAGAUCGCUCUUGUUGGAAAGUACACAAAGCUAGAAGAUGCAUAUAUUUCUGUUCUAAAAGCUCUGAAACAUGCAUCCCUCCAUUGUAACAGGCGUCUUCAAGUUGUGGUAGGUACCUUAUAAUCUGUUUAAGAAUUAUGGUGUAUGAAAUAAUUGAAAAAGAGGCACUUUUUUAAUUAUAGGACUCGUUUACUUGGUUGCAUGACUGCAUACAUGUAUAACUACUUGAUGAAUUUUUUGACGUAAAGGACUCUUGUUGUUUCUAAUCUCUCAGUGGGUAGAGUCUGAAAAUCUUGAGAAGGAGGUUCAAGAGAGAGAUCCAGUGAAAUACCAUGAAGCUUGGCAAAGGUUGUGUGGAUGCGAGUGAGUAACUUGUUAUUCACAGUGAAUGGACCACAUCUUUCUGAUGUUAACAUUUUAUUGUGUGUUUCUGGUUUAAGAAGUGGUUGAUGUACUCUGUUCUAAUUGCACUACACUCUUAGGUCUACUCGGGUGUAACAAAUCUUGAAUGUUCAGGACAGAAAAAUACAACAGCAACAAAGAAAUAAUUUUUAGGAAUAGCGCUAUCCCUAUUUUCUACAGUUUCAGACAAAAUCUGAUUGUGUUUUUCAUGAUUACUGUAGCGGUAUAUUGGUACCAGGGGGAUUUGGAAAAAGAGGCACAGAGGGGAAAAUAGCAGCAGCUGAAUGGGCAAGAAAGAUGAAGAAACCUUACCUAGGUAUGUUAUUAUCUUAGAUUGUUGAGUUUGGUUUAAUUUGUGAUCUAUUUUUUAGACCUUUCAAUCAGCAAUGAAUUGGGACUUAAUCCUUUAACUCCCAGGAUCUGAUUGUUAAUUCUUCCAUCUAGCUACAACACAUUUUCUUGUAAAAUAGUAACGAGAGUUUGGUGUAGAUAAAGAUAAUGAAUUCUACAUUAUAAGUUUGAGUAUUCUCAUUGCCUAUUUGCUGGAUUAUGUUUUGGAUAUUAAAGGUUGAAGUUACACGUUAAUCACUUCAGGGAUUCAAAGGUUUAAAGGAUCAUUUUUCUUUCUGGACUAGGUGUUUGCUAUGGACUGCAAUUAGCUGUCAUUGAAUUCGCCAGAAACAUUCUAGGAUUGAAAGGUAAGAGUGCAGUGUCUUAAUAUAAGUUGUCUUCUUCAAGAAAUUAAACUCGGAAAUAUCUUGUACUGGUCAGACAUGUCUUGAUCUUCCUUGAUUUGGCUUCAACCACAUCACUGAUCAACUCUAACAUUCUAUAAUUUUUAGAUGCAAACUCCACAGAAAAUGAACCAGAUACCAAAAAUCCAGUGGUAAGUACAGGUGUAUUAUUAUUUCAUAAUGCUUGCCUAAAAGCCUAAAACCAGAUGUUUGUUUGUUUGUUAACAACCAUGAUUUCAAAAUUUUAAAUUCUGUAGAAAGAUUCAAACUGAACUCCUCAGCAUCUCAAACUUAUAUUACACUCGUUUCUCUUGGUAUUUUGAGUAAUUAGGCUUCUAUAUUUGUGAUUUCCUCUUUGAAGAGUUAAAGAUGACAAAAGCUUCUUGAAAAAAAAUUAAUAAGUAUUAUUACUAGGUUAUUGAAAUGCCUGAGCACAACCCAGGUCAGCUUGGAGGGACCAUGAGGCUUGGAAGACGACGGACAGUGUUUUCAAAGGUGCAUGAGAGUAUAACAAGUGAGUACCGGUAGCAUAUUAAUAUUAAGUCUAAUAUAUUUUAUUUAUUUCUUUAUUUAUUUUGUACAGAGUGAAGUACAAGUAACUUGUUUUCUCAGCAUCUAAAUGUAUGGGAUAAAUCCUUAUUUUCACAUGAACCUUAGGAGGUUUUACCUCGCUGGUGUUGUAGUCCAAGAGAAGUACAAUCCCUAAUGAUGUAAACAUUUGCAGUUUUACAAGUUCCUCACAUUUGUGUUAUCUUUUAUUCAGGAAAGCUUUACAAGAAUGCAGAGUUUGUAGAAGAGAGACAUAGGCACAGAUAUGAGGUAAGAGAGGCUAUUCAAUAACGAAAAUCACUUAUGGUGAUUUUGUGACUCCUGCAUUGAACCACAAAACUCUAUAUGGCACGGUUGUAAGUGUAUCCAAUUUUUUCAUUUAGACACUUUUUUUUCCUUGCAGUCAUAAUGUAUCCUAAUAGCAAGUGUUUUUUUGUUUGUUUUUUUUUGUUUUACAAUAAUUAAGGUCAAUCCAGAAUAUGUAAGUCAAUUUGAGGAAAAGGGAAUGAAAUUUGUUGGCCGAGAUGUGGAAGGUGAACGAAUGGAAAUCAUGGAGAUCAAAGGUACAUGGUUGAAGUAAUUGCUCUGAUGAUGGGCUAACACCCAAAAUGUCAACUUUUAAACUCUUUAUGGUUUCCCAUUUACAUUAUUAACUAAUUUGAUAAUACUAGAUUACCAUAGUUUGCCAUUAGUUGGCUGGUAAACCUAUUUAGGUGAGUAAAACAUUGGGUGACAGGAUUUCCCUGCAUACUGAAUUAACCUAACUGAGCAACCUUACUUAUUUUCAGACCAUCCCUAUUUUGUUGGAGUCCAGUAUCACCCAGAAUACAUAAGUCGACCAAUCAGACCAUCCCCUCCCUACUUGGGAUUGAUUUUGGCAGCCAUAGGAAAACUCACCCCAUAUAUUGCCAGAGGAUGCCGCUUGUCACCGAGAUGCAGCAUCAGUGAAGAUGAGGAUGAGGAUGAGGAAUUGGCAAACAUGGCAGCAGAAAAACUCCCAGAUUUCAAUGUUUAGGUGAAGAGAAGAAAAUUCCUUAAGUGUUACUCUUUUUAUCAUUGGAAACUGAUGUCUUUGUACUAAAGCUAUUAGGCUUUACAAUGGUGCAGAUUUAUGUCCUUAAUACAAUGUACAUGUGGUAGGAAAAAUAAGGAUAUCCCAUACUGAUAGCAUCAUCAGUAUCAAAAUGUGUAUUGUAUCUAAAGUUUAAGUUGAACAGUGUACAAUAUUUUAUAACAACAACUCUCUAAAGCUCUGUGUUGUGAUUUAAUUUUAUCCUUGGUUCCAUUUUUACUUGCUUGUUAAAAUACUCAAGUGAUAAAAAUUAUCGUAGCGUAAAAGGAGAGAAAACAAAGAAUGCUGUUAUUACACCAAGGAUGAAGGUUAACCACAUCACAAACAGUGUUGCUAUAUUUCCUCUGACUUUUGGGAUCAUGUAUCUACAUACACAAGGUUCUUCAUACUUACCAGUAUUUUUAAUUACAAUUUGUGCGAUAUUUAAUGAACUUUGUAUUGCCUCAGUGUUCAAUACAAAAGUUGUCUUGAAAAACUUAAAUCUGGUCUACUAACUUUUUUAUAAUUAGACAUGGUUUGAUGCUACUCUGGUUUAAAGAUUUAAUGAAUGUUACUGAGAAGUUACAAUUCAUAGACCCAAUGUUUUGACACUCCUGUCAAGUGCCUUCUUCAGGGGUGAUCUAAACGCUGCAACAAGAGUUCCUUUUAUACACUCACUAAUUAGCUGCCUUUUUUUCUGAUGAGGUGUAAAUAGGUGCCAGGAAGUAAGCCACCAUCAUCACUAUUUGAAUUGUGAUGAUGGCACUAGACAGUAGUCUUGAAAUGUUGGGUCUAUAAAUUGUAACUUCUCAGUUACAUUCACUAAAUCUUUAAACCAGAGUAGCAUAAAACCGUGUCUGAUUGUCCACAUGGUUGCCAAGUGAACUUUCAUAUAUUUUUUUAUAACUGAUAUAUCUUUCAUCUUUAGACUAUCUGACUAUUAUCUCUCAAUUUCCUUUUCUGGUCACACAAGACUUAGAUAGGACAGGAUAAAUUUCCUUUUUCAAAAAGUUAGUUUUCUUGGUCUUGCUUGUGAUCAAAUGAAAAUGGAAAUGAAUUUGAACUAUUUUACAAAAAUGAUCUUGUACUUAGAUAAAAUAUUUUGCCAUCUCAGAUUAUUCUAUACCUAGAAUCUAGAAUAGAGGCAAUGAUAAAAAAUUUAAACUGCAAAGAAUCUUUUAAAGUUUAGUUUAAAAAUAAAGUAACUCCAUUUAUUCUUGUGUAACAGUAAUGCCAAGAGGACCACAAGUUGUGAAAGGAAAUCUCUUGCAGUAGAAUAAGUUGCUGUUAAAACAAUGAAAAUGUCUUGUUUUUAGAUUUGAAAAAUUUCUUAAAAAAUUGGGAAAGAAAAACUGAAAACAAAUACAAGUAAUAUUAAUGCUACAAUUUCUUGAAAGGCACUAUUUUGGCUUGUAUGAUGUUAUACAGUUGCCACUACUAUCAUCAGACAGUAGCUCUUUUGUUUGUAAGAGUCCACAAGGGAUCAUGCAAAUAUAAGAGGGGACAGGAACACAUCACACCAUUCAAAAAGGAGACACAGAAUUCCAGUUUGAAAACAGUACACUGUUUUUUUUUCCUUGCCCUAAGUACCUUAUUUCUAUUUAAGACAAGAUUAUUUUUGAUAAGUUGUUCCACCGGUGAGUUUUCCUUUACUUUAUACAGGGGAAAAGUAGAGCUAAGGGUUUUCUUUGAAAAAAAAAAAAAAAAAAUGUAACAGAUGGAGAAUAGUUGUAAGUAGCAGUAAUAAGAUGUAAAUCUCCACAUCUGAAUAAAUAACAUUUUGGGCCAUUGAGAUUCAGCAGGAGAAUUUUACCUAAGGCUGGCUUUUGUAUGUUGGCAAAAUCCCAGUCAGCUAAGGAUUUAUUACCAUUUUCUAACCAUCCCAGAGUUUCCCAACUAAUGGAAACUCAAAAUGAUAGACAUCCUCAGUUUGGAAAAAAUCCCAGAUAAAUGCAGUUUUGAUUUCACCAUUUCCAGACCCUUCCAGAGUUCUCCAACUGAUGAAAACAUGAAAUUAUAGACAUUCUCAGUUGUCUGGGCUGGUUGGCAAGAUAUUGGGAAACUUUGGAAGGGUUUCUGUUUUCCUGGUGCACCCAACUUUUCUUCGGAGCUCAAUAGUCAUUGAAGAUCAAGAUCAAUAGUUUGUUCUUCUACUUGCUUAGCUCCAGCACACCUGAGUCACAUAGACUGGAAUAUGUAAUCCAUCCAAACAAACACCUGGUGCUUUCCAGAUAUAUUUGACAAAAUCUGAAAUGGCUGGGAAACAGUGAAAUCUCUAAUCAUCUUGGAUUUUCUUAUUUCCAAUGUCAUAGACACCUUAGUUGAGCUGUUGCUAAAGUUAUACUCUACUAGAUCACAAUUUGGUUAUGGAACAAUAUGAAUGUUUUCCCUUGUGGCCUCAACAGCCUUUGGCUUUUUUUUAAAAAUUUUUUUAAUAUCAAUAUUUAAUUAUCAAUUACUUAAAUAAGCACUUGUAAAUUUGCUCAGGGUUAAUUUGUAUUUAUUUAAUUUAACAAUAGCAGUUAUUUGUACACUGUAGUGUAUAUGUAUAAAGGCUA